GCAGCCCCCCUGAGCGGGAAUCACGGCUUCGCCCUGGCGCACCCCCUAAGCUCCGGAAGGGCUCCCAUUUCCUGAAAUGUGGAUCCCUAGCGGUUUCGCACCGCUUCCCGUUUUCCCCUCCCCGCUCGGCUCCUCCGCCCGGCCGGGCCCACUGCCGGCUGCAGAACCCCCGUCCUCGGGGUGACCCGGGCGAAGGCCAGCUCCGGAGGGUCUCGCUCGGGGCGCAGCGGCGGCUCGGCCCGGGGCUCCCGGCCCCUCUCCCGCCCGCCGGCCCGCCUGUCCGAGGAGGAGCCUAAGCUGCGCCUCCGGAUUUGGGGGGGACGCGGCGCCCGGCAGGAUUAACCCCCUCGCGCCCGGCUGCGCGUCCGGCGCGGCCCCGGAAGGGCGAUGGCACAGCUGGUGGCCCCGCAGCUGUCUCCGGAGUCCGCCCUGCUGCCGAGAGCUGCGGGGGGCUGCAGCCUCCCGGGCUGCCGCACGGAAGCCUCCGAGGCCGGCGGCGAUCGCUGCUAGCGCCCGCCUCCCCUCCGCCGCCUGCCGGUCCCUCCCGCGCGUCCUCUCCGCCCACCGCGCCCGGCCGAUCGCCCCGCGCCCGAGCUGCCCUGCGCCCCGGAGCCGCCGCGCCGGCCCCUCGCCCAGCCAUGGGGGACCUGCCGGGCCUCGUGCGCCUCUCCAUCGCGCUGCGCAUCCAGCCCAACGACGGCCCGGUCUUCUACAAGGUGGACGGGCAGCGCUUCGGCCAGAACCGCACCAUCAAGCUGCUCACCGGCUCCUCCUACAAGGUGGAGGUGAAGAUUAAGCCCACCACGCUGCAGGUCGAGAACAUUUCCAUUGGCGGUGUGCUCGUCCCACUGGAGCUGAAGUGUAAAGAACCUGAUGGAGACAGAGUGGUGUACACGGGCACAUAUGACACAGAAGGUGUGGCCCCAACUAAAAGCGGAGAGCGACAACCCAUCCAGAUCACCAUGCCGGGAAAUGAGGCAAGUUACCCUUUGGAAAUGUGCUCACACUUUGAUGCUGAUGAAAUUAAAAGGCUAGGAAAAAGAUUUAAGAAGCUUGAUUUGGACAAUUCUGGUUCUUUGAGUGUGGAAGAGUUUAUGUCUUUGCCUGAAUUACAACAGAAUCCUUUAGUACAGCGAGUAAUAGAUAUAUUCGACACAGACGGGAAUGGAGAAGUAGACUUCAAAGAAUUCAUUGAAGGGGUCUCUCAGUUCAGUGUCAAAGGAGAUAAGGAGCAAAAGUUGAGGUUUGCUUUCCGUAUCUAUGACAUGGAUAAAGAUGGCUAUAUUUCCAAUGGGGAGCUCUUCCAGGUUUUGAAGAUGAUGGUGGGGAACAACCUGAAAGACACACAAUUACAACAAAUUGUAGACAAAACUAUAAUAAAUGCAGAUAAGGAUGGAGAUGGAAGAAUAUCCUUUGAAGAAUUCUGUGCUGUUGUAGGUGGCCUAGAUAUCCACAAAAAGAUGGUGGUAGAUGUGUGACUCUUUGGAGUACCACCCAACACUUUUGCUUUCUUCUCCAUCUCUGAAGAUCUGCUCAAGACGUCCAGCAAUGCUCUCUGUGUAUUUAAAUGGAAGUAUUUUUCUCUGUGAAGCCACAUUUUCCAACAUGAGCCUCAUGAAGCCAACUAAGUGUUAUUGAACUUUUCUUCUCUCAAUAACUCAGUGUAGCACUUUAAAGUCUGAAGGACAGCAGCAUGGAACGAGCAUAUCAAUGUGGCGGAGAAAGGGAAGGGGUUGGCUUUUUAAUUUAUUUUUCUUCAUCUUUUAUAACAAGAAAGUAUCUAUAUAUACAUAUGUAAAUAUUUAUAUAUAGAUAUAUGUAGCUUUCUAUGUAUGUAGUAGGUUGGCUUUAAUUUAAUAUACUUGAUUCAGAAACAAAACGAUAGAGUACAAAAGUGCCAAGCAGAACAUAAAACAUCCUUACUUUUAUUUCACACAGUUUUAUAUGUAGAUAGAAGAAGAUUGUACAAUUUGAGCCCGGUGUUAGGCCAGCUACUUACCUGUGCUUUCUCCUCUGAGAGAUUGACAAAGCAUUUGUUAAUGUCCUCUUAUUUACCUUAAUUACAUUUUUGUAACAAAGGAGUCUGUAACUUUAUUUAUACCUAUGAAUAUAUUUCCUGGGACUAUGUCUCAUUGCUGAGCAGCUUUUAGUCCAUCUCUGGCUGAAGAGAACAUAUAGUUCUGUGCUGCUGCCAAGAGCUAGUUCUUGUAUUCAUAUGUAACUGCACAAUGCUAUGGCUGCUUCUUUCUGUUACUUUGUAACUAGGAGGCAUUGCAUUUAUUAAAUGUCCCUGAGUAAUUGUAACUUACCAUUUGUGAUUUUAUACAUAAAAGCCAGAGCUGUCUGAGGCAAUCAUGACUUCUCUUCGCAUUACUUAAUGAAGAAAACCUGAAGUCAUCUUGUAACCGCUUAGGAUAGCCAUUUGUCAUUAAACUGGCAUUUGGCCCAUACAUUUUUCUUAUGUGUUUCAAAAGAUUUGCAGCUAAUCUAAAAGACUGGUGAUAGUUAAUGUGCUAAUCAAAACUGGUAAUGUUUAUAUAUCCAAAUGCCCUCCUGUAUUUGUAUUUAAAUGGAAGAAAUACUGCUAGUCUAUAUGCCACAGAAGAGCAGAAUUUCAUCCAGAUUUACACUUCUUAAAUUUCUUUAUCACAAGGCAUAGAGGGCGCAUGAUUUUUUUGUUUGCCCAUAUGAUUGUUAAUAAAUAAUAAAUUUGUGUGAUUUAAAAGUAGUCUAUCAUGUUCCACCACUUGAUGUUAACCCUUCCCUUUUCUGCGAAGGUACUAUUGGCUGGAAGAAAAACAUUUUGGUUUGCUUCAGUGACAGUAGUCUUUCCCUAUACGGUUUUGCUAUAAGACUGGUUUUGUAAUCAUGAAUGGCUAAAGGCAGGUUGAAUCCAGUGACCGGAACUUACAUUGAGCAUGCCUGCCUGCCACCGCUGCUCCUUCAGCUGAGUGCUGCACAUCAUGGGCUCUGUCUGUGAGAGGAAAAUCCCGGUGCUUGGUGUCCUUGCAUGACAUGGAGUUUUGCAUGUAGAUCGAUUUAAAAUGUACCUCUUGUUUACAUAAUUUGCAUAAUUUUAAAAGAUAAUGUUGCCAAACUUUGGAAAUGUUAAUGUUCAAACUGAAAAUCUCCACUACAUGUAACUUUCUUCCUCUGGAUCAGUACGUGGCUUACAAUCCCGGCCCGUGGUUUGAUCUGUUCCAGUGUCAACUGCCAUGUGCUCUGCUUCAAGGGGGAACUAGUCUUUUGUGAAUUUUUUUGUACAUAAUUGUUACAAAUAUUUUAGCAAAUGCUUUCUAUUUCUCUUGCUUGUGCAUAUCUUGGCUGGCGUUACAGAAAAAUAGUGCAAACAUUAUUAUUUCCUUACUGGGGAAUGAGGGUUUUUCUUUUCUUUCCUUUUUUUUUUCCCCUUUUUUCUUUUUCCCCUUUUUUAGUUGGUGUGUAGGGGUGGGUAGGGAGGGAUGGUUUAUGUUGAAUGUUUAGUUUUUCUUCUGCAUGAUACGUCAUGUUGUGGGAUCUUUAGAAAACUUCAUACUGUAUGAAUAAGAAAAUAAAAUAUUUGAAACUUGCUUGAAUGCAUUCCAUGUUUGAUGAACUUCCAUAGCUAUAAGACAGUUUCUCUUCAUUGCUUGUAUGCAUUUUAAAAACUCAAAAUGAAAUCAUAGCCAAAGCUGAAGUCAGUGAAGCCCCGCAGGACUCCUCCCAUCCUUACCUCCCUGACCUCAUCUCAUCAGCCUUCCCUUUCCCUGCCCUUCUCCACCGUCAGGGGGCCCCUAAAGCUUUUGGUUUGUGCUCACCUUAGAACUGAGCAUUACAGAUUAUUCAGUAGCUAGUGUCUUCACAUCUUUGAUCAGAUAUGUCUGGCUCAAAAAGAACUCUCCUGGCUACCUUACUUAAAAAUACAAAUACACAUGAUUGGGUCGUAACUUGCUCAGUUUUGUUUUGUUGUCCUUUUUCGAUAGCAUUUGUUUCUGACAUUGUUUGACUGAUAGCUCCAGUUUUUCAUAAUAUCUAGCUUUUCAUGUUGGUGCAAUAAGCAUUAAAUAAAUGAAUUAAACCAGUGA